UCAUGCCGUGUUAAUUUCGAAGGCAGCAAAAAAACUCUUCUCGCAAAAAUGGCGGACUAUUUUCAAGAAAUGGGUUGGGAAGAACUACGUGAGGGAGAAUCACCAAAUCAUUUGCUUCAUCUCGCUAGACUCCUAAGGGACUAUGGGAUGUUUCAAGAACUCGGCGAGGAUCAAAGGCUCCCACCACCGGCUGCUAAAUCUGUUGUAGAUGGCUUGGAAGAGAUUACUGUCAGUUCUGAAGAAUCUCAGUGUUCAGUCUGCCUCAAGAAUUUUUCUGUAAAUGAAAUUGCCAAGAAGUUACCUUGCAAACACUUUUUUCAUCCAUCUUGCAUUCUACCGUGGCUUUCAAAGACCAAUUCAUGCCCUGUGUGUCGACAUGAACUACAGACGGAUGAUGAGAGCUAUGAGUUAUAUCGGAAAGAAAAAAUCAGAGCUGUGCAAAGAGAAAAAGAUAUAGAAUCUCUUCAUGAUUCAAUGUUUUCAUGAUAUUGGUGCACUUCCAUGAUCGUUAUGUUACCCAUUCCACAGUUUUUUAGCUCAUCCCUGUCGAAGUAUCUAUCCAGUUCUCUUCUCAGUAUUUUUUUCCACUUGCUUGCAUGGAUGUAAAGCUUUUGGUGAACCAUUUUUUUUUAUAUUCGUAAAUGUAUGUCUUUAAUAUUAAGUUAUUGUGCUGGUAUAAUUCCUAAGAUGAAAUUUGGGAAGAAUCUUCAAAGAGAAAAUUAGAUACUCUUUUACGAUUGGUGGAGGCUUUAGUAUUUAUAACAAAUUUUUCUUGAAGUAUAUCAUCGGGCAUGUAGGAAUAUUCAAAAAUACAGGGACCUUAUCUCCAAAGCACCUUCUCGAAAAUUAUCGUUUCUCAAUUUCUGAAAGUUCUAAAACAGUCCACAAUAUCUACUGCCUAGUGAUCAGUCUCAUGAUGGAAAAAUGAACAGUAUUACAGUGCAAAUAGUGAGAGAAAGCAAGAGGGUAGAAACACGGCUUUGGAAGAGCAGCAGAAUCCUAAUGUAUUUCCUAAUGUAUGUAUGCAGGAAAAUUGAUCAAAUUAGCAACGAGACAAACAAUAAUUAUAUUGUUUUAAUGUAAUUUUUAUUCAAGAAAAAAUAUUUACAUUGUGAAAAUUAAAUAUUAAUAGGAACUUUUUCAAUGGUGAUCAUGAAUAUUGAAUGUAUUUUUUACAUGUUGUCUCUUGUACGAGCCACUCUUAACUUCAAGAAAAAAUUUUCAAUGAGGCAGAUAUUUAUAGGCAGGGUCAUUUUAAGUUCCCCACAGUGUUUGACAUUGAAUAUGUUUGGUGACCUUAUUAUGAAUUACAAACAUAAUUUGAAUGAAUGUGCACAUACAUGUGUUCCUUUUUAAUAAAUUCAUAAGGAAAUACAUUCCAUUGAUCUAGUUGCAAAUUACCUGUGCUCUUUUAACGCUAUGCAACUUUUAUGAAAGUCAAGUACUUAUGUACUACCUAUAACAUUAACAAAUUGAUACUGGACCACUGGAAUUAUUGACCGGGGUAAAAAAUAAUGCAUCACAGAACACAUUUUUUCCACAAAAUUUCACAUAAAACGAAAUUGGACUAUCAAAAAUGUCAAUCCUCAAGUCAUGAAUGAGUAAUUGAUGUCCAACUUCCAGCUUGGAAAAAACUUGAGUCUAUUUGAGUCAAAUCGGACGCCAAAUUCUGUGUGUGCUCUAUUUUGAAAUAAUUCACUUGACUGAUUUUUUUUUGU